CCGAACUCGAUUCUCUGAACAGUGUAGACUAGAGGUAUGUAUAAAUAAACCGAAAGUCCGAAACAGUGUAUGAGAUAUCAUCAUCAUCAUUCACCAUCAACCUCUCCCUCGUCGCUUUCUCUACUUAAAUCAACUACAACCGUAACUACCACCGAUUCACGACAUGUUGCCACUUUCCCUUCUCAAGACUGCUCAAGGGCACCCUAUGCUGGUUGAACUGAAAAAUGGGGAGACAUAUAACGGCCAUUUGGUUAAUUGUGAUACAUGGAUGAACAUCCAUCUCAGAGAAGUCAUCUGUACCUCUAAAGACGGAGAUAGAUUUUGGCGUAUGCCUGAAUGCUACAUUCGUGGGAAUACUAUUAAGUACCUUCGAGUUCCUGAUGAGGUUAUUGACAAAGUCCAGGAAGAAUCCAAGACUCGAACUGAUCGCAAACCACCUGGUGUGGGACGCGGAAGAGGAAGAGGUAGGGAGGAUGGUGCUCCUGGACGUCAAGUAAAAGGAAUUGGGCGUGGCUUUGAAGAAGGUGGAGCUAAAGGGCCAGGAGGAGGCCGAGGCAGAAGCGGCCCAGGUGGAAAACCUGGUGGAAACAGAGGUGCAGGGCGAGGUAGAGGUUGAUUGGAAUAAAUGAGAUAUGGACUACCAGUACACAGAUGGGCCAGUUGCUGCUUUUAGAGGCAUUGGUGCCUGUUCAGAAGAUUUAUUGUUUAUGUUUCCUGUGCAUUAAUGGAUUUUUGGUUUCCAAUUAUUUUGCUUUUAUAUUCACCAAAAUAUUAUAGAUCUUAACAAAGCUUUACAUCACUUUCUAAUGCCCUGUCUAUUUGUACUCCUUUUUCUCCUCAAUGAAAAGUAAUAGUGGUGGUACAUGUUCUUUGUUUAAUGGUAAA